GCUACCAAAGACGAGAUAAAUAAGGCAUACCGACGUCGCUGUCUCAUUUUUCAUCCCGAUCGACAUCAUGAUGAGGAGCAGAAGAAAGAAGCAGAGAAGAUCAUUGUUCAGCUGCGCCGUGCUCAUGAAACUUUGGUGGAUCCAAAGCAGCGCGCUAUCUACGAUGCUGUCGGUGUGCAAGGUCUUGGCAGGCAGGCAUGGGAACUUGUGUCGAGAUCGGCAAAUCCAGAAAAUAUAAGAAAAGAGUGUGAGAUCUUGCAGCGAUUAAAAGAACAAGAACUGAUGUUGCAAAGGGUGCAUCCGUCU